AUGCAUCCCAAACCCCUUCUCAGUCUAUUCAAUUUUAUAGGCUUAAUAGUUCACAACAAUAUUUUAAAAGAGUUAUUAAGGUUGACUCCAAAUAUAGAAGAGCAUUGACCAAUUAGUGAAUUAAAAAAAUUAUCUUAUUUAAAUAGUGAAUCUAAAGAACCUAUAAAUUUCAAUUUUAAAAUUUUUUGUUAUUGGACAUGGGAAGAAAUUUAA